CGUUUUCCACAAAGGUUAAGGAAACGAGGCAUGAAGGCGGUUCUAAAAUGAGCAGACUGCGGCCCGCAGUGGAGCAGUCCCCCCACCCUGCGGCCCCCAGGCUGACCCGCAGCGCUGCCUCCCAGGCCCGGCUGGGCGGCCCCAGGACCGCCCAAGGAACUGGCCCCGGCCCGUACGGGAAGCAGCGCAGGAAGCAUACAGACUCAGCCCUGGCCCAGGACCUCAGCCAGAUGAGGGUCAGUGGGCAGGAGUCUCCUCUGGGCCACGCCUUGGAUGGUGUCAACAUGCGCCACGCGUCCAGUUCUACGCAGAAUGAUCAGCCUGCUCCAUCGCCGCCUGUCAAGGAGGGCCCCCGGGCCAGGGUCAAGUCCUCCUCCCGGGGCGGGCUGGCCUCAGUGGCCCGCCUGCUGAAGCUGGGCCGCUGUAAGAACAUCGUGGUGGUGGCAGGGGCGGGCAUCAGCACGGCCAGCGGGAUCCCUGACUUCAGAACGCCGGGGACAGGCCUGUACUCCAACCUGGAGCGCUACGACCUUCCUUACCCCGAAGCGGUGUUCAACAUCGACUACUUCUCGGAAUGCCCGCAAGCCUUUUUCUCGCUGGCCAGGGAGCUGUACCCCGGCCGCCACCGGCCCAACUACAUCCACUACUUCAUCCGCUUGCUGCACCUUAGGGGGCUGCUGCUGCGCGUCUACACCCAGAACAUCGAUGGCCUGGAGAAGAUGUGCGGCAUUCCUGAGGAUAAGCUGGUGGAAGCCCACGGUAACUUCACCACCGCUUCGUGUCACCUGUGUUACACACCCUACCCCGCUGAAGACGCCAAGGUGGCCAUCAUGAGUGGCGAGGUGCCCACGUGUUCUUUCUGUGCCGGAACGGUGAAGCCAGACGUGGUUUUCUUCGGAGAAGACCUUCCACAGAAGUACUUCCUGCAUUCUGAAGACUUCCCCAAAGCAGAUCUCCUGAUCAUUAUGGGAACAUCGUUACAGAUCGAGCCCUUUGCCAGCCUGGUGAACACAGUCCGGGCCUCGGUCCCCCGUCUGCUGCUGAACCGCCACGCCGUGGGGCCCUUCCUGAAGACGCCGCUCCGCAGGGCGGACCACUUGGAGCUGGGAAACCUGCUGGACUCGGUGCAGCGCAUGGCCCACUUACUGGGGUGGAGCGCGGAGAUCGAGGAGCUCAUGAGGAGCCAGGGAGACUGGGUGGGGCCCCCCACCCAGUCAAGAGCCAUCGUCAGUCGUGUGGAUUAAGCCCGGGCUUGAAAGUGUGUCACUUCAUCUUCAGGGCUUCUGUCAGCUCCGCCGUUUGACUUGUGAGCACGUUACACCGUUGUCUUGUGGUGCGUCAUACUCCCGUCUGCAGCGCUAGUCCGUCGGUAAAACAUGAGAACGGCUCUGAGCCUGAAUGAGCUCUGCUUCCUAAAGGCAGCGAAGACACAGAACACAUCACUGCCCAGCCCAUAAUACACUGGAAUGGCAACAGGGUUAUUUUUAGCAUGCAGAGAUAACUAUCUGUGAUGCAUUGUCUACUCCAUGUGUUCAUAUCAUAUCAGUUUCUUUCCAGUGGUUUGCAUGGCAAAGGGCGUGGGUGGUCUUUGUAAAGAUGGUUUAUGUUUGCAAUAUUUCCAUGUACAGUUCACUUGUAUGAAUAUUGAAUUUUAAGCACUUACAACUUACAGAAUAAGUUGAACUAAUAAAGAAUUUUACAGCGUUGGUCUCGCCUCUCCUGUUCAUGUAAUCUUUACGUCUAACCAUACAGUCAGGAGUCCUAUCAACAACAUGAAGAACCUUUCUCUUCCAAGGUUAGAGAACAAGUGGCAGGUGGACUUUACCAGACAUAUUUGACCGACGACACAAUCUGCUGGUUAACUUUAAUGACAAUCGAUUCCUUCUUUCUGGCUUUAAUAACAUUGCAAGAGAAGCGGUGAAAAAGUGGUUAGUCUGCAACAUGUGCAUCAGAAGCAUUAGGACUCUUCCAAUUGUUUGCUUUCUAUGGGGGAAACCUUGACGUUUAUUAAGCAUCCACUUCAGGUAUGCAGAGGUGAAAAAAACAAGUGGAAUCAUCCACGCGAUAUAAAAUACCAUUUGUGUAACAAAACAAGGCAGUGUACUCUACAAAUGCACUCAGACAGUGUUAGGCAACCAAAAGAUCAACAAGUGACACAUCCAUUACUUAUAAGUUAAGAGAAUCCUCCAUUCAUUGUCUAACUUUAUGGAUGCUCAGCGAACACACUCCCACAUCAUAUCGCUAUGGGCGACCAUGCGACCUUGAGCUCUGUUCAACCAACAAUAUUGCAGCAAUAGUAAGGUAUUCAUCUCUCAAAUACAGAACAAAGAAUAUACACUCAUUGUGGCAAAAGAAAACAAUGAUUAAAUAAGCAAGCAAUCAAGAUAAGGCAAAAACAAUCCAAUGUUACUCAUUAAGUUAAUAAAUAUGGCAAGUUCUGAUUUACUAUUAUUGACAAAUGCUACAUAAUUUGGUUUUUUUUCUUUGCAAUUUAUAUUUUCACAAAACAGUUUUCG